AUGAGCGGCAACGAUUCGAGCGCGACGGCGAUGCUCGCGCCGGCGAGCGUCGCCGUCGUUUCCGCGGCCGUCUCCGCCGCGGACGACGAGGAGGAGGACCCGGCGGCCUUGACCCUGGACUGCGUCGAGUCCACCGCCGACAUGGACCUGGUGAACGGGCCGAAUCCCUGGCUUCCGGCUUACGGCUUCCAGCUACAGCAUCACUCCCAGUUCCAGCCGACGCACUUGGAGGAUCUACGGGCUAAUGAUUCGGUGCUAGUGCAACAAAUCGAUUUUCUGGAGACGAUUCUGGAGGAGACGUCCGAUGAUCUCCAAAGCGACUCCGAUCGCAGCGGAACGACAUAUUGGCUGGGAUCCGAUUCGGAGACCGAGAGUGUAAUCCAUAUCAAGACGAAGCAGAGAUCGGCAGACGAGCGGCUGGAUGGCAGCGGCAGCGAGUGCAACUCGGUGGUGCCGAAGAAGCGACGUCGUCGCGACCAUGGCACCGAUCACCAUCACCACCACCACCAUCAUCAGCAAGUGACGGCCUAUGACGAGUACCCGGCGUCACCGAGAUCCUCCAGGUCCACCGCCUCCUCCAGAUCGAGCUCGCUGCUGCAGUUCGAGUCCUUGGAGAGGACCUGCGCCACCCUGUCGCCUUCCAGCUACAGCUUUGAUUCCCUGGAGUAUUCAAAUCGGUCGAACGCCUCCCAUCCGGAGAACGAUUCGCCCGACAGCUUGGAGCAGGACUACGACAGGCUGCUACCGAACGGUUUCGCCAGCACAUUGGCGGACCAUUUCCCGAGGAUCAGGCCCUACCGCAGCUUCGAAAGCCUGAACACGUGCCAGAAGGACGAGAGCUUCGGCCAAGCGUCCAUGUCGAAUGGUUUCACGCCUUUGUACCUGAAGAGGGGUGCUGAUCUAUCGAAUAUUAGGAAAAACAACCAGCGUCCAAGAGACUUCUGGCACGAGGAUGACGAAUACGAAGACGACGACGAUGACGAGGACGAAGAGAAUGAAGAAUACGAUUUCGAGAAGUACGAACAACGCCGAACGAACGCGGAUUCCCGGUUGACGACCGGUUUCGAGGAUCGACUGCUGUACGGCGAGUCCGGCAAGUACGCGACGUCCUUGGACUAUCGGAACACGAUCGACCUGCGAGAGAUCGGCGUGGAGACGAAGCGAGACGCGUUUUUGGAGCUCAAAUCCGGCCAGAAGACGGCCAGGUUAAAUAUAGCCGGCGGCGGUGCGGAGCAUCAUCAUCACCACCACCAUCAUCAUCAUCAUCAGCAUCCGCAGCAGCAGCAGCAACAGCAGUACCAGCAGCAGCAGUACGAUCAACACGAUCACCAUCACCACCACCACCGUCGUCGCCGCCAACAGCAACACCAAGGGUGGAGCGACGAGGAGCGCUUUAAUUUUAGAUUCACGGACAAGUCGCAGAGCGCGCCCAGUCUGCUCGACGGUGUUGAAGAGUCAGUACGCAGCGGCCUAGGCCGCACCUCGCCGUCCCGUCUUCGCACCUCGAGGACGACCUCGUACGUGUCGACGUCGUCUCUCUUCGAGAACUACACGCGGGUGGCCAGCGUGCCGGUGGACCUGAAUCUCUGCGGCGUCGCCGCUACGUGCGACGACGAGAUGAACGGUCGCGAAAUGGCGGAGACCGCGCCCGGCGACGAGGCCGCGACCCUGACGAGCUCGCGAGAAGAUACGAUCCUAAAAGAGAACGACGAAACGCAAGCGGGAACGAAGGUCGCCCUGAUCAGCUCGGUCAGGACGCAACCGGCCCAGGGCGCGCUCAUGGACGGCAAUAUGGACUUGCGCGAGAAGGGAAACGAAGAACGAACGAAGGUCGAACGCGACCGUUGCGAGACGCAGCAAACGCGCAACAAACAAACGAAGACCACGUCGACGGUGAAGACUCAAGAUCGCGCCAAUUGUAUGCUGGAUAUGGCGAUGGUGACGGAGAACGACCUCGACGAAGCCAUCAAGCAAUUUAAGCGCGAGGUGGAAGAGGCGACCGCUUCCGGAGUGGCGAACGCCGCCAUUUUGGCGAUGGAGACGAUUCAACGAACGCCGUCCGGUCGAAUGAAGAGCCGACGAGUGAAGAACAACGCCAGUUACGAGCUGGCGCAACAACUCGAGGUGGACGAGAAAAAUUUUCAAAAGAAAUUAAAGGAUAACGACGAAAAUCGCGAUGGAGCUAACUCGCCUGGGAAGAGACGGAUGCAGAACAAUGCCAGCUACGAAUUGGCGCAACAGUGCGACUACAUCAAGGCGAUGCAGAGCUCGAAGGCGGCGUUCCAGCGAAUGGAUGCGUGCGACGAAUUGGAGGAGGCCGCAUCCGGGCGCUCCUCGAGGCUAAAUGUCGCCGACGUGAUGCGCCAAAUGGGCUCCGACACGAACGUCAGCGAGGACUCCAGACCGAAGGAGCCGCAGAACGACUCGUUCUUUGGUCAGAUAAAAAAAAACUCGGAUCCAUUUUCGGCUUGUGGCGAUGUUAGCGCGCUGAGCCCACGAGACCUGCUAGACGACGAAGUAGAUUAUCCCUGCUUGGAAACUAAACCUAUAGGAGCAUCCUGCUUGGAAAAUAGGGUCGUUUCGCGCGAGAAGAUUGAAUCGGAGAAAUCAGCCCAGUUGAAAAGUGUCCUGGAAAAUUCCUCGACGGAGUCCUCUCACGUCGACGAAGAAUCGUCCAACAAACGAAACGCCGAAGAAGAAGAGACUGGAGACGUAAAGAAGUGCUUCAUCGGCGAGUUUUAUCCAGAACGCGCGGCGCAGCUCCCUGCACGGCAGUGUCCUCAGGCGGACGAGAACAAGGUUGAAGAGUGGAAAGUGAACUCGGAGAACCCGUCGUCGAACCGGGACCACGAGGAUCGCUGCAGUCCCGGUUCGAGCGACCGAGGCGCCGGCGAACGUCUGUGGAGGGUCGUGAUCGAGAAGCAAGCAACGACGAAGAAGGAAGAGGAGAAGGUGGAAGAGAAGAGGGACGGGACGGAGGCGGUGGAAAAGAAGGCGGUAGAGGAGGAGGGACAACACAGUGUCCGCGGUGUUGGCUCCGAGUCCCCACCCGGCGGUGCGGGUUCACUCGGUGAACGUAGCAGUAGUGGGAAGCCCGUGGUGGCCGUGGCGGCAGCGGCAGUUGAUACGAAUCAUCGCGGUGGUGAUCGCGACAAACGUCAGGGCGACGAGCAGCAACGCGCGCCGAGCAUCAACAAACAGGACGCGAGCGUCGCGAGCGCGAAACGACCGCCGUUCGUUACCCCGAGGAGGGAGCCCGCAAAGAUCUACGCGGUCUCCUCGACCUCUCUACCGUCGUCCUCGUCCUCGGCCGCCAUGAAGAGCGAGGAAAGAAAGAAGGGCGGCCUGGGCGGCUUUCUGCAGAGGUUCUCCAGGCUGAGGUUCAGCGGCAGAACGAAGGUGCCGCGUUCGGAGGCGAAUAAAAAGGCCAUCGAGUCGACGGCGAGAACGCAGGAGGAACAACAACAGCCGGCCACCGCCAAGAAGAGGGAGCCGGACUACAUCAUCAUACCGUUGCAUCCGCCCGAGGAGGAGAGGAGACGCCAGGAGGUCGUUACUCUCGAGGAGGCCGCCAGGAGGAACAAUGUGGACAUUCAGAGAAGCGCUUCUAGUGUCAGCAGCAACGGGAGGGCACCAGUGUCCAGCAAGCCGCCCCUGCCACCGCAACCGCCGCGCGUCGCCGCUCUGGGCACGACGAUUCGAGCGUCGGCGUCGACGUCGGCGUCGCGCCGACGCGCCGCCACGGACCUUGGUAACCCGGCGGCGAUCGAGAUGGCGAAGGCCCGCGCGAUGCAGGCCGCCCAGGAGCGCCCGGUCGGCCUACUGGAGACCGACCUCGACGAGGCGGUGAGCUACAACGGCACGACAUACACCACCGCUGGUCCGAACUCUGCCGCCGCAGCUACCAAGACCCGCAGCCUGCUCGACCUCAACCACACCUCGGCGGCGGCGCCGCGGCCGCGGCCCGAGCACGCCCUCCACGUACCCCAGUCGCCCGACGGCGCUACGCACAGGAGCCCCCGCGACGACGUCGUGUCCGCCGCAACGUCCGCCAUCCACCAGCGGCCCCACAAGUCCAUGGAGUUCCUCCUCGACAAGGAGAACCUGCAUUUCGUCAAGCCGCCGGAGAAUGAGCUGCAGAAAGUGGGCGAGCGCGUGCCGAGCGAGCACGAGCUUAGGGUGCAGCGAUCGUUGCAGCGGCUCAAUGUGCCCGACUGGUACAAGAAUUCACCCGCUGCCCGCGACGGCUUCCGGCUGAAGAGGCACUCCGACGCGUCGCAGCACGGAGGAUGGCGCGCCCUCGGCUCCAAGACCACCUCUCUGUCGUCUCUCUCGUCGUCUUCCAAUCGACAGCCGACCACAGGUGUCCUUCUUAGUCCCAGCCCCACGCCCCCCGUAUUCUCGAGAUGGAGUACCAGCUUGCUGAACAGCGCCGGCAGUUCGCCCGCGAGUUCGGCCAGGUCGUCCUUCAAUCACCGGCAGCCCUACUUGGGCUGGCGUUCUCAGGAGCGACUGACGAACCCGCGGACACCGGCGGAACGUCUUGCUCAGGGUAUUCUUCCCCAGCUGCAGGCCGCAAACAAGGUAAGUCAACAGCAGCAGCAGCAACAGACAACGAAUCAGCAGCUGGAGGUACGGAACUCGAUAAAGGAGGUGACUUCGGCUAUCGUGCACUACGUGCAGAGCGGCCAGGAGGUCGGCGGAGGCGGCGGCGGUGGCGGCCGACUCUCGCCACGAACUCGACCUGAGGAUUGGGACGACAGGGGCGGAGCGAGGUCUACCAGCCCCAGAGGGAGCGUGAGGCUGUGCUGGAUGGAGAGCUCGUUCGUCGGCACGCGGCCCGUGGACUCGCCGGAGACGCCUAUGAGCCUGGCGACCGACCAGGAGGCCGGCGACUGCUGCAACGCGGCCGGCACCGAGUCCUGCAGCUGCCAGGACUCGGCCGCAUCCGGUCUCUACCUGGACCUGACGCCCAGCCGGGAUGACGUGCGUCAUCAACAUCUCCAGACAUCCUCGGCCGGCCCGUCGCCCACGUCCUCCUCUAACUAUCAUCAUCACCACCACCACCACCAUCAGCGUCACCAUCAUCGCCAGCAACAGCAACAAGGUCAUCACCGCGGAUCGGGCCAGAGCGAUACGGACGAGGCGAUGGCGACGGCAGCUCUUCUGCGGAACAAACCGAGCCCGGGCUCCACGACCCUGGAGGACGUACUCGACUCCCUCCUGGGGCUGCCACCCGCGUCGCGUACCCCGAGUCCUGGCCCGGGGGGACCCGUCGUGACCGCCACGUCCGCCAUCCGCCAUCGCCAUACGAACGCCGCCGUCGGCCAGGCGAAUGCCGGGCAGAGCUGCAGCGACCUACGCCAAGACCUCCAAGAGUCAGCUAAGAGCGUGAUGGACGUUCAUCAGGCAAUCACCGAGGAUCAGCGCAACAACUUCUACUCCGGCGAGCUGGUGAGACGGAAGAGCGAGGGCAGCGACACGCUGCCCUCUCGAGCCGCGGCCGUCGCCGCCGCCGCCGCAGCCGCGUCGUCCUCGUCGUUGAUGCCGUCGCGCGGUGGCGUCCAGCCUCGUCACCGCAGAGUGUCGUUCGACAACGCCCAGGACUCCACUAACGGCAGCUCGGCAAUGGACAAGGUAGUGCGGUGCCGUAACAACAAGUGCGGUAACUCGACUACCCUGGCGGAAGCGAGGAGGACCUACAAGAGCUGCCACAACUGCACCUGCCUGUACUGCUCACGCGAAUGUCGAAGAGCGCACUGGCAACGUCAUCGCAGGACCUGCCUUCACUCGCGAGCCGGCAGUCUCUGCCGCCAAGUACUCUCCUCGGCGAAGGAGGACCCGGCCGCCCUGAAGCACAUCUCCGCCCUCGCCAGACGGGGCUACGCCGCUCACGGUCGCGGCGCGGUCAAGUGCUUCUUCUCGAGCCCCGAGGCGGCCGAGCGUUUCGUCGGCAACGGCUUCGCCGACCUCGGCGAGCCCACCUACGUGCGCUGGUCGGACUUGCUCCCGGGCGAGAUGGGCGCCGAGCUGUACUCCGAGCUGAUGCGCCUCUGCAAGACGUACAAUCCGGAAACGCGGCUGGUGCUCUACGUGGCUGUGUGCGUGGUCAGCGAGGUGCCGACUAGCGGCGCGGUCAGAUGGGAGCGGCAGCUGGUGUCCAGAUGCGCGAAGAUCAGACUCGACGGGGCGGCCAAGCAGCACGCUUCCUCCUCCUCGGCGUCUCCGCAGGCCAGGAGAAAGCUGUCACAGCAGCAGGCACCCGCGUCUCCCUGCAACAUCACUAGAGAAAUGGACUCGCCUGAGACCCUGGUGUUGACGUCGCUACCCGGUAACAACGGACAGAACACGCCACGAAAGGCGCGAGAGAUCAGCUUCACCAAUAUUCAGCGGCAACUCAGGCUAAGGGGUGUCUCCCUGAGGAGGCACUUUCCCCAGGUCUACCGGAAACUUUGUUCCUACGUGGACGGCUCGGUGGACAAGUUCGCGCCGGUGACCAUCUACCCUAGGGAUCAGGCGUCCGGCAAGAGCUUCAUGUGCAUUAUCAUGCUGGACGCGGAGCCUGAACGCCUUCAACUGUUGCCCACGGACUCGUCCCGAGUGAGGACGGUGGACAUCAGCGUGGAGCAAGAGUGAGAACCGCGUCCGGAUGGAACGAGAUUUUUAAGAAUAUCGGGAUAGCUCAAGACACGUCGCUCAGGAUUUUCCUCAGGUUCGCGGGGAGAGGGUCGGGAACGUCGUCGACGGAUUUCUUCAGGGGUGAAGAUGACUGACGUCGGCCGGUGGCAGAGGAAGAGCGAAGAUCACAUUUUGCCGAAGAGAAUCGCAGGAGUUCGCAAGAAAAACGUCGCUCAGAAUUUUCCUCAGGUUCUCGAGAAGAAGAUCGAAGACGGCUGCCGACGGAUGCCUUCAGAUUGAAGACGAUUUCAUCAGCCAGUGGAGUAAUAUAAACUCGGAUGAUGUAAAAGUUAAAAAGUUAUCCUAAUUUCGUCGGAUAUCUUUUUGGGUGUUUACAUUGUCUGGAGGAAUAUCUAGGUGGAAGAGAGUACCUAGAUGAGAAUGCCGACGGAAGUCCCAGCAGAUGGAUCUAGACGGAGCUCGAUAUUUGAGCUCACGGACUCUUGUGUAUGAUUUCACACAUAGACUUUUUCUAUCUUUCCUUCUAGAGAAAAAGAAAAAAAAAGAAAUCGGACGCGAAAAACGAAAAGCAAUUGCUCCGUUCGUACCCAUUCUCUUUUGCGACACCCUAUGUAUCGCGAUCGUAUCAAGGUAAUUCUCCGUCAUUUCAGACAUCCUCGAUUUGGUCGUUGCUUGUGUGAGAGGUUUAUCAAUUGUUCGCCGGGGCGAGUUCCUUAUCGAGGAAUCAUUAUCGAUUCUUUCAAUCCGAGACAUAUAUGAUUAAUAACUUCUAAAGAAUUCAUAAGAAAAUAUUGUCGCAUGUGUUUAUUAGUAUAUCACGAUUUGAUAUAAACCGGAUAGAAUAUAAUUCCAUAUACAGUUAUACUUUCCUAACGAUUCUUUUGAAAGAAUUGAAAGGAUCGAUGACGAUUUUGGGAUCCUCGGCGGACGGAGCGGAAAGUAAGAUUUAGAAUACAUACGUUGUUGUCUCUUCGUUCAACUUUGCAUCGUUUAAAUUUUAUCGUAUAUAUUAUAUGUGAAGGGGCGAGAAGACAUUUUUCUCAUACGGAUACAUUCACGAUUGAUCGCUACGAAGUUUCGCUUAGAAUCCCGCAUUAAUCCCGAGGACGAGGAUUAAAAAUCGUGCAAUCGUAUAUCGUGAGCGAAUGUAUAUUUCAAGAUGGUAUACCGUAUUUUAAUUCGUUCGCGCAAAAUGUCUUAUUACAGUUACGAUUAUAAGGGAAUGCCUGCCUUACUUAUCGGCAUAUAAAUAUAAUUCUUGUCGUUAUUAAUUGGAUUAAUUUAAUAAUACGAACGUGUGAUCGCGAGAUUCUUUUGAUAUCCGCACAUUCCUUCUUCGAACGCGUGAAGAAAAAAAAAGGAAAGACGGAACGCAUCUCAGAGAUGCAAUAUCGCAGAUUUUUUUUGCCGCAAGUAUCGUCCACCUCCAUGAUCUCGUGCCAAAUGAGAAAAGGCGUGAUAAAAAAGUCGCGAAGAGCACACACUUUCGGAUACGUUGCCGCAGGACAUCGUCACUUUUUGGAUACGAUCUCAACUUCUUUAAUCUAGAGAGAGAAAACGCGCGCCACGCGUAUGCAAUUCCGAUUAGAAACGGCGAAGAAGCUUUCCCGCGGAUUAACGAAAUCGCCAAUUUUAUUAAUAGUAAACGUAGCUUUUUAGGUCGGGCUGUAACCACGAAACGACACACUAUACAAAAGGCUGAUCUCUUUCUGGCGGAAAGAAAAAGAAGGACGAUCGAUAAUGGUGCCAAUGAUAACGCGAGAGACUUUACAUCAUUAUACUUCGUAUAGCAAUAUAAAAGCGCGUAUACCGAAAGAAAAGAGUAUAACUUUGCAACCCCGAAAUUACGCGAGUGCGUCGCGCCGUCAUCGAGCGACAAUUAAUCAAGCGAUCGACGAUGCUUCGGUGGUCAUAUAAUUUAAUAGAUAAUUAAUAGAGAGACGAAGAAAGGGGGGAGAAAGGGCGCUGACGAAGGAACGGAGGGCGGAAGCGCGAUUUACCUACGCUAGUCGGUAGAAAGUCGAUUACCCGUUUUUAUCGAUGACAAUGCAAUUUUUAUCGACGACGAAACACGAUGGAAAGUAAAUGGAACCAAAAAGAGAGGAUGCAUCGCACAGUGCCAAUAAUAAAAUGCCACGGAUAUUUCUAUAAUCGACGAGGAACACUCGAUUCCGCACUGUCGGGGAAUUAAACGACGAGAAAACUACGUUUUUUUUUUUCGUGUACACCGAUCACCGAUAUGAUCCUUGACUACGUAUUGAUUUCGAUUAACCGGAUUCUUUUUGUACGCGUAGCGAGAGAGCUAUUGUUCAACGUUCAAAGUUAUUAUAUUCACAAUCCGUUACAUUGUCAGUGCUUGCGACCAAACGUUGAUCCCUCAUUUACGUUUGUACAUAGCGCUAUUAAAGGGAUAUAUACAUAUAGGAAGGAUAAAUUAGGGGUAUAAGAGAGAGCGACUUCGCUAGCGAGAAAGAGAAAGGAGGAGAUUAAGGAAAUCGAUCAAAAUUCGAAAGUAGGCGGCUUACCGGAGAUCAGUCCGAUUACAUCCUCGAUAGUUCCUUUUUUCCUAUCUCUAUUACGAGAACGAUUUACUGCGAACUUCAUUAUACAGGCUGUAUAAUAAAGUGUAAUUGACUCCGAGACGCUUUGCGAUACAUCUUGUAUAAAUAUAUUUAUAUAUCCAUUCCGCUCUAGAAGUAUGUAAGGAUCAGCGAGGAUACGCCGGUCGGAAAAGAGCACUCGGUUUUGUUACGUUAAGGAUACAGCGUGUUCGCGCGAGAUCUGUAUUAGGGAAGAUUUUCUUUUUAGAGGAAGAUUUUAAAAAGUUCAUUGAAAGAAGAAAGAUACGAUCGCAAGAUUUUUAUAUUAUUUAUGACAUUUCGUGAUUUUGCAAAUUCGAGGAAAUAUCAACAGAACACUUUCGAACUUUCUAUCGAACAUCAUUCCCUGAAUUAAUAAUUAUCGUCAAAGUAUUCAAAUGGAAAAUGUUUACUUGUAGAAAUCGAAUAAUUACGACCUGGUAAUGAUAAGUAGAAGCUCCACGGACACUCUGUAUCAUUCCGACCGAUUCGCGAGAAAGCUGUUGCUCGACGUAUAACAUAAUCGAAACGAGGGGGGCGGGGGAGGGGUUGUGCUAAUGUGCAAAAAAAAGGAAAAAAAAAGAAUUAAACGGUCCAAUCGAUCAAACGAGCAAUCAGCCCGCGCAUAGUACUCUAAAAAUCUAAAGUCUAUCGUUUCAGCGUCUAUUUAUCGGUGCUACCAGAAUGUGCUAUCAUUGUUUUCGCAUCUGUGUAUGUCUCGAUUUUUCAAAUAAAAUGUUAAUUUUAUUACA